AUGAGUUUAUAUCUCGAGGCUGCUACGAUUCUCGAGUCGCCGCAAACUACGUCCCUCAAGGCGAUUAUAUACAAUCCCUCGAAACCAUUCAAAUCACCACAACCCAAACUAUAUGCUCUCAUUGUCGAGACCCUAAAAUUUCAGGACAUCCUAAAGGAAGUCGUGGAAAAUUCUGGUAUUUUAAAGCUAGAGCGAAAGCUGACACCCCUUCUAUCAAUUUUGUUAACACACGACCUCCUCCUUACGAAAUCAGGGAUCGCUACAUCCAGUGGUCCUCUCAAAGAUGCUCUUCUACGUCACAAGGCGCGGUUGAACGCGGAAUUUACACGUGCUAGACUUAGACGUGGGCAUGCAGACAUAAAGUCUCUCAUUGGAGCCGUCAAUGCAGAGCAUAGCCGCGAAUCAGAAGAUGGGGUUACAAAAACCGCGACUGGUCUUACGUCAUUUAACCCUCGAUGGGUUCGUGUGAACGCCCUACAAACGACCCUAGAAGACUCGCUCUCGUCUCCGACUUUCCACGCAUUCCAAGAAGUCGGCAGCGUAAGCGAUAUGUUUUUCUUCGACGUUGUGCGGAAGACUUACUACCGGAAGGCCGAGAUUUUGCCCAACAUUCUUGCAAUACACCCGUCCCACGAUAUAACAUCAAGCGAACUGUACAAGUCAGGGAAGAUUAUUCUACAAUCUGCUUCCUCAUGUUUGCCAGCUAUCAUGCUGGAUCCGCCAAAGGGCUCGAUGGUUGUUGAUGGUUGUGCCGCCCCGGGAAACAAGACGACACACCUCGCGGCACUAGUCGGCAGUAGCGGGAAGAUAUUUGCAGUGGAGAGGGAUAGGAGGCGUGCGGAUAUACUUGAGAUGAUGAUAACGAAGGCUGGGGCGGAAGGGAUCGUAACAACGCUUAAAGCAACCGAUUUUACGACGAUAAUGGAAGGACACCCCGCUUGGCAAGCUAGCUACAUCCUACUCGACCCUUCAUGCUCCGGCAGCGGUAUACUGCAAAGGGUUGAUUGGGAUAUAUCGAAAUUGAAUUUGCCAUCUAGCGAUACUACCUCCAGCCACCCGUCCAAGAAGAAGCGAAAGAGGGACGAGACACUACCGAAUGGUUCUGCUUCCCAGCCUGAAGAACGAGAGACAAAACAACUUGAAGAGGAGAUUCAAGAUGAUGAUACUUCUAGAGAAAGAUUGCAGUCGCUUUCUGAUUUCCAAGUUGCAAUAAUUCUCCACGCAUUUUUAUUUCCAAAUGCGAGGAGGAUUACAUAUUCUACAUGCAGCGUACAUGCUGAGGAGAACGAACAUGUCGUGGCCCGUGUGCUGAAUAGCGAGAUUGCGAAGGAAAGAGGCUGGAGAGUUCAGAGCAGAGACGAAAACCCGCUCUCCACCUGGCAUAGGCGAGGUUUGGUUGGAGAGCUCUCCGACCUUAAGAGUAGCUUAGAGGAGCAACGGAGGGUUGCAGAUGGGUGUAUCCGGGUCCAUAGGACGGAUAGCCUAGGGGGUGGCUUCUUUGUAACCUGUUUCACGAGACAGGUGGAUGACAAAGGUCAAUUUGGUGGGGGUAUAGGAAACUUGGAUAUAGUCCCUGCCCAGGAGGACAAAUCUCGCUCCCAGGUGUUGGGGGACACGACGGAAGUCGAGAAUCAAGAAUGGAAUGGGCUUUCGGAUGAAGGGCCCAAUGAGGCUGUAUCCGCAGUUGAUAUCGCUGACGGUGACCCGCGAUCAGGGAAGAGACAAAAACGAAAGCCAGGCAAGGCCCAGCAAGGAAGAACGGAGAAGACAAACAGACAGUUUCAGAAGGGCAGGAAAGGGUGGUCGUAG